AGGGGAGUUUUGUUGGAAGUUGCAAAGUCCUGGAGCCUCCAGAGGGCUGUCGGCGCAGUAGCAGCGAGCAGCAGCGUCCGCGCGCUCCGGCGAGGGGCAGACGAGCUCGAGGGAGCGCGGGGCAGCUGGAGCCAGAGCCGAGCGCGGAGCGACCCGGGACCCACCGCCGUCCCCAGGCCCCCCAGUAGAGCCCCAGCCAUGGCACACCAACUCUUAUGCUGCGAGGUGGAGACCAUCCGCCGGGCGUACCCCGAUGCCAACCUCCUCAACGACCGGGUGCUGCGGGCCAUGCUCAAGGCGGAGGAGACCUGCGCACCCUCCGUAUCCUACUUCAAAUGUGUGCAGAAGGAGAUCCUGCCGUCCAUGCGGAAGAUCGUGGCCACCUGGAUGCUGGAGGUCUGCGAGGAGCAGAAGUGCGAGGAGGAGGUCUUCCCGCUGGCCAUGAACUACCUGGACCGCUUCCUGUCGCUGGAGCCCGUGAAAAAGAGCCGCCUGCAGCUGCUGGGGGCCACCUGCAUGUUCGUGGCCUCGAAGAUGAAGGAGACCAUCCCCCUGACGGCCGAGAAGCUGUGCAUCUACACUGACAACUCCAUCCGGCCUGACGAGCUGCUGCAAAUGGAGCUGCUCCUGGUGAACAAGCUCAAGUGGAACCUGGCCGCGGUGACCCCGCACGACUUCAUCGAACACUUCCUGUCCAAGAUGCCCGCGGCCGAGGAGAACAGACAGAUCAUUCGCAAGCACGCGCAGACCUUCGUCGCCCUCUGUGCCACAGACGUGAAGUUCAUUUCCAACCCACCGUCCAUGGUGGCAGCCGGGAGCGUGGUGGCCGCCGUGCAAGGCCUGCACCUGGGAGGUUCCAACAGCUUCCUGUCCUGCCAUCGCCUCACUCGGUUCCUCUCCAAAGUGAUCAAGUGUGACGCGGACUGUCUCCGCGCGUGCCAGGAGCAGAUCGAAGCUCUGUUGGAGUCCAGCCUGCGCCAGGCCCAGCAGCAGAGCCUGGACCCCAAGGCGGCGGAGGAAGAGGAGGAGGAGGAGGAGGCCGACCUGGCCUGCACGCCCACCGACGUGCGAGAUGUGAACAUUUGAGGGGGCGCGCGGCGCGGGAGGGGCCGGCCCCUGGUGCUGCCCUCACAGGACCGGGCUCCUCGGCAGGACCGGUCACCGCCAGAAGGGAAAGAGCUUCCUUCUCCUUUCCUGUCGUGUUUUUCCCCCUUUGCUCUUUUUCUCUUCCAUCUCUGACUUAAACAAAAGAAAAAAAAGGACCCAAAAAAUACUGUCUUUAAAAAAAAAAAAGAAAAAGGAAAAAAAAGAGAGGCAAAAAAAAAAAAAAUAGUAUUUGCAUAACCCUGAGCUGGGGGGUGGGGGGAGGUUUGCUACAGAAUAGAGGCUCUUCCACCCCUAACGGACUAGAUUUUGUGCGGAUGUGUUCGCGUCUCUGUCGUAAGCAUAGGCAUUAACACGAGGAACGAGUCUGCAGGGGGGGGGGGGACUAGAUGUGAGUCUGUGUUUAAAACAAAACAAAACAAAAAAAGCAUAAAAACAUGUUUAAAAAACUAGAAAAAAGCCAACCAGCCAUUUUGGAGUAGAAGAGGAUUUUAGGUAGCAACCGUGUUCCCGUGCUGUCCCUUAGCGUGGCUUCGUGGUAGCAACCGUGUUCCCGUGCUGUCCCUUAGCGUGGCUUUGUGGUGGUCCUAGGUCCCCCGCCCCUUGCGCUCUCGUGCAUGUAGUCACUUUAUAAGCCCUUUGCGUGUGUUUUAUUUUAUUCCGUAGGUAGGUGUGUAAACUCUUCACCUGUCCGUGGCUGAUGGAACCUCAGUUAGCAUAGCGUAGAGCUCGGCAAGGUCACGUGCUGGCCUGAGCAGGAGCCGGUGGCUGGGCCCGGGGCCAGCGGCGCAGCGGUCCAGCGCUGCUGAGAAGAGAUCCUGCCCUAGCGACUUAAUAUAUUCUAUUUUUAUAAUCGUCCUAUUUUUGUAGUUGCCUGUUGAUGAGAUGCUGGUUUUUCACCCCCACAGACCCACAAGCCUGCUCACAUCCAGGUGAAACCCACAGCUCUUUUUUUUUUUUCCUUUUCUUUCCUUCUCAAUAUUCUAGAACCAUUCCAUUUCAAAGCACUUUCGAUCCAGUGGUUAUAGGGAAUCUCUCGUGUCUGUUGUGUGUGGAGGGGGGGGCGCGGUUUCUUCACGGAAUGGUUUGGGAAUAUUCGCGUCCUUGUGUGCAGACGGGGUGGUGGCGAGGAGUUAGCGGGAGAGGACGUUCUUGAAGGCGAGCUUCCGGUCAAGAAGUACAUUCUUACGUUGCCAGGGUGAUGUGUUCCUUUCUCUGUAGAGCAGUGGAAGUUCGGGAGUCCUUGGUGCCAACUGGUGUUUGAAGCGUAGGGGGCCUUUCAAGGUUGACCUAGAGAAUGCGUAGUUUAAGGCUUAGGAAGGUUUUUAAACACUAAAAUAUAUAAUUUAUAGUUAAGGCUAAAAAGAAUAUUUAUUGCAGAGGAUGUUCGUAAGGCCAGUAUGAUUUAUAAAGUAAUGCAAUCUCCCUUUGAUUCACACACACGCACACGCACGCAUGCGUGCGCGCGUCUUUGAUGUUGUAGGUUUCGUACAGUUUGUCCAAGUUAGGUCCUUUCUCAUAGGAGAGAGAAAAAGAUCCUGAGGAAUAACCCAGAGAAGCAUGGAUUUGGCUAAUUGGGCCUACCCUGGCGGUUCCCCAGAUGGGGACUCCACUGGAGAGGCCUCGGAGUUCCACAGAAAGUGAGGGUACUUGAAAACGCGUUCAGCCCCAACAUAUUCUUGUCCCCUGUCCCCCUCCUUUUGAAAAAAAGUUUAGCAAUCAACAGACAAUUUGCACAUCCUGACUACGUAGGGAGAGUCGAAGGCGGCAAGGGCACAGGGCUGGUGCUUGGCGAGGGCGCAGGCGGCACGGGUGGGGGCGAGCAGAGGACCGACGGCGAAACCGCGCGGUGGCCAGGCAGCGGCUCGGUCUCCCGCUUCGAUUCGCUGCUACCGAUGACUUCCCAGCACAGUUUGGAAACCCAUCCACAUCGCUUCUCUGUAUCUCUUUCACAUUGUUUUGCUGCUAUUGGAAGAUCAGUUUUUGUUUCUGUUUUACAAUGUCAUAUACUGCCAUUUUCUAGUUUUAAUUUUCUCAUAGAAAAAUGUAUUAAGGAUGCUUUUUUUUUGUAGAUUUUUUUUUUUAUGUGAUCAAUUUUGACUUAAUGUGAUUACUGCUCUAUUCCAAAAAGGUUCCUGUUUCACGAUACCUCAUGCUUCUCUUAGCCAUGUGUAGACCCGGCGGUCCGGCUCCGGCAGGCAGACACGGACCGGGAUCCCGAAAUGGGCCUGGCAGGGGUGGGCUCCUGGCAGGGGUGGGCUCGGGGCCGCGACUGCCUCCUCCCUGUGCCUGUAAUGCUGGGCUGUCCCCCACCCCCAGCCUUGGACGGGCCACCUCCCGAGUCUCUACAGCCGUAUUGUUCUCCCCGUGAAGCUAUGGAAGUCGCACUAUUAUAUUAUUAUGGUAACAGGUGCCGUCAUGUGCCACCGCGGGGUUGUGCGGCGCGACUCGGUCACUCGGGACGAGCGGACUCGCUUCUGGACUUGGUGAACGUUCCGGGUGUCGCGUCUGUUAAGUACCAGUGUUCUGUGUGUUCUCUGCAUUACGGCAAGAUGCUGAUUUAAAAACUUAAAAGACUCCAGAUCUCAGUGAAGCCGGCUGACCGUGCUGCGUGCCGAGUCGCCUAGCACGCUGCCGAACCAAAAGGAUUUGCACCCCGGGGUGGCCCCUGUCCCCGCUGGGUCAGCCUUGGGUGCUCCCUGGCCAUUGGCAGGCCCCAGCCCCGCCCCACCCCGCCCCUGCAGGAACACUGCCUCUGCUUACCUCAACCAUUCUGGUGCGGCAUCUCUGUGUCUGAACCAAACGGGGUCCUUGAGGGACGGUCUGUCCUCGUGGUGGGGGGGAGGGGUUGAACGUUAUGUGCGCUCAAAGGCCAAAGGCCGGGGGCAGGUCUGGGGAGCACAGCGGAGUCUGUCCUGUGACCAGCUAGUCUGUGAGGGUCUCUGGUGGGCGGGCACUUUUGGUCUGGGGGGUGCUCGGCUUGCACACUGUGGCACAGACAUGUAACCGGCACGUUUCCAGCAGAAAACAAAAGACAAACGUGAAAAGUCUAGAAAUAAAAUUGGUUAAAACCCCA